ACGGUGGUCCAACUUUAGUCAUUCGGCAGUGUCAAAGCAAGCUUAAACAGAACCUAACAGUGUCAUUUAUUUUUUUUUCCCCAUUUUCUUAUUCAAACCAAUCAAUUAGAGUUAUACCAUAUGAAGUUUAGUUUUAGGUGGGAGUGUGGGACUGGUAUCAGCAUACCUUAUCUAUUCUUCACUAGUUUGAGUUUUUUUUUUCCGAGUGCCAUUUUUCUUUCCAUAUUCACUCCUUCCAUUUCUUACCAAUCAUGGACCAAACUCAAAAUGAGUCAGGCUGGAUGCAUUCUAUCAAAGUAACAUUGGGGUCUCUAGAUCACAGAGAGGUUAAGUCCUUCAUCAGCAGCAUUCCUAGUGUUUCAAGCAAGCUUAGAAAAUCCAACGAGGAGGCGUACUCACCAAAGUUUGUCAGCAUUGGACCCUUACAUAGGGGAACAAGUAGCCACCUUCUGGCCAUGGAAGAGCACAAAUGGCGUUACAUGCUAGCUCUUCUUCACAGAACUCAAAAUCCAGUUUCAACCUUGGAUGAGUGCGGCACAGUCAUUCUUGGCUUGGACGAUGCAGUUCGUGCAAGCUACGGAGGUAAUAUCAAAUAUGAUCCCCAUGAGCUAGCCAAAAUAAUGUUACUUGAUGGCUCCUUCUUGUUAGAACUUCUCCUUAGAUGUGCACCACCAAACAUGGUACCUCAAAUUCCAAAAGAAGAAAACCAUAAUGGUUCUUCUUCAGAUCCAAUACUAGGACACAAAGAAGUGUUCAUAUCUAUUCUGACUGAUUUCACUCUUCUAGAGAACCAAAUGCCUUUUUUUGUUCUCAAGACAUUGGCAAGGGUACUUUUUCCAGAGGUCUUCACAAGUGAAGCUGAUCAUCUUGUUGCUGAUCUCACACUGUCUCUCUUCAGCUACCCUUUGAUCCGCUGUCCUAGUGUGGCACACUUUCUGCAUCUCAUGCACUUGUCUUCCAUUGUUGAUGAGGGGCAAAAGGUGAAAAAAGCGCAGCAAGAGCUAAAGCGUUGCGCCACAAGGCUUAGAGCUGCUGGUGUAUCAAUUAGGAAAGUAGAGAGGCACAGCAAACUGGUUCACUGGUUUGGCUUUGACAUAAGAUUUGCAAAAGGGGUGCUUGAAAUCCCUCCACUUCACGUUGUUGAAACAACAGAGGUAUAUUUGAGGAAUUUCAUUGCAUGGGAACAAAGCAGAAUUGGCAUCAACAGGCAAUUCACUUCUUAUGCAUUGUUUCUUAAAGGGUUGAUGUGUUCCUUGCAAGAUAUUGAGCUGCUUGUGGACAGUGGUGUUUUGGUCAAAGAUACUAAGAUCAGCAACAGAGACUUGCUCAUUUUGUUCGGCACAAUCACGAAGGGGGUGGACCAGAUGGACUCUAGUUACAGUAAACUUUGUGAGGACUUGAAUGCUUACUCAGCAGUGAAUCAUUUGAGAAAGUUCCCUAUACUGAUAUGGCAUUGUUGCAACCUUUGUGUGGAAUGCAUCAGAUACUCUUGCAAACACAGCUACAAAAUCUUGAUCAGGGAUCAUAUACCAAAUGUGUGGAAACUGAUAGGAAUUUUGGUAGCUGCAGUGCUGCUUGCUCUUACCAUUAUGCAGACCUACUAUUCAUCCCGUGGCUGAGUAAAUUUUUAAAAACAGAGAUUGUCAAUAGAUUAACAUAGAUGUCCUACUCAUCGCCAACAUCCUCAAUGUCCUCAAUGCCAACCACCAAUCCUUGAACAAGAUACAUCCUCACUUGAUGACAUAAUGAACGGGAUACAUGAUUUAUGAGCAUUUGUAUUUGGGUGAGUUGGUCAGCUCGAACUAAACAUGGGUGACAAAUUUGAUAUCAUUGAUACUCGAGUUGGACAUCUUGAGCAAGACAUGGAGUAUCUAUAUCGUCAUUUUGGCCUACCAAGAGGAUCAUCUUAGAUUUUUAUUUUAUUGUAUUAUCUUUCAUUUUUAUUUUUAGGUUCUUGUACUAAAUUUAUUAUUUUAAUUUAUGACUCUGUUUUAUGCUUUUAAUUUAUAGAGUUUCUAUUUUCUUUAUGACUUUGUUUUAUGCUUUAAUUUCUAUUUACCCUAAACCAAUUAUUAAUUGUCAACAAAAAAAUGUCAAUGUCAUAAACAAUGUCUAUAGAAUAAAUUCAUAAAAUAUACUUGGGAAUGUCAUUAAAAACCACAAACAAUAUAUAUGGUCAACAAUCACAUCAAAAUAAUUAAAGAACAACAAUAUAGACAUGGUCAAUAAGUUUGUCAAUGUCAUCAACAACCAUAAGUUACAUAGAUGGUCAAGAAGCAAAAAUGUUCUUUCUUCUAACACUAAAAGUCUCUGAUAAUUUAUUACCACAUGCUUUUUGCUAUUAACAGAAGCCUAUUAGCGAUUACCAGAAAGUUUAUCUCAAUUUAUACUUUUGGUAAUUGAUUACAACCUUGUUGUAAUCGAUUACCAAAGAAUUUUCCCAUUUACACUUUUUGUAAUCGAUUACAACAAUGGUGUAAUUGAUUACAAGUGAACUCGUGUUUCCCUGCACGACUUUGGCAAUGUGUAAUCAAUUAAAAGACCUGAUAAUCGAUUACCGAAGCCUAAAAAUGUUUCGAGAAUGCACGACUUCACCUUUUACUCAUGUAUCAGGGUGAAAUCGUGUAAGAGAAACACAACUUCUUCAUGUAAAAUUGUUUGGACCUCAACUCUUGUCUAAAUGCGUAAUAAUUUCUUUUUUUACUUAAAUAACAAAUCGUUUUUGCCUAUGUACCUAGAACAAUACAAAUUACUCGAACUCACCACCCCUGAAUCGACUUUAGAGGUACUUUUUGGCACUGUUUUUCAAUUAAAAGUAGUGUUUCAACUCUUUAACACCGACAAUUUAUGUUCAUACUUACUAUCCAGAUAAAACUUUAAUUUUGAUUUAAAAAAACAUCGUAUGUAUAUAAAUGUAGAAGAAGGGU